GUGGUCAUGGCGAGCGCGAGCCAGAAAGUGGUCCUCAUUACCGGCUGUUCUUCCGGGAUCGGGCUGCGGAUCGCCGUCCUAUUGGCCAAAGACGAGCAGAAGCGCUACCAGGUGAUCGCCACCAUGCGGGACCUGAAGAAGAAGGAUAAGCUGGUGCAGGCAGCAGGAGACGCUUUUGGAAACACCCUGACAUUACAAGCUCUGGAUGUGUGCAGCGAUGACUCAGUUAGGCAGUGCAUCAGCAGGGUUAAAGACCGACACAUCGACAUUCUCAUAAACAAUGCAGGCGUCGGGUUGCUGGGCCCAGUGGAAAGCAUCAGCCUGGACCAGAUGAAGAUGGUGUUCGAGACCAACUUUUUUGGCACUGUGCGCAUGAUUAAAGAGAUCAUGCCUGACAUGAAGAAACGCAGAUCAGGGCACAUCAUUGUCAUGAGCAGCGUCAUGGGCAUGCAGGGCGUAGUGUUUAAUGACGUCUACACAGCCUCCAAGUUUGCCAUCGAGGGUUUCUGUGAAAGCUUGGCAGUCCAGCUGCUCAAGUUUAAUGUCAAGUUAUCUCUGAUUGAGCCUGGGCCUGUGCACACUGAGUUUGAGGCGAAGAUGAUGGAAGAAGUGGCCAAGAUGGAGUUUCCGGGAGCAGACCCAGACACAGUGAGAUACUUCAAGGACGUGUACAUGCCGUCCUCCAUUGAUAUCUUCGAGGCAAUGGGGCAGACUCCAGACGUCAUCGCUAAAUGCACUAAGAAGGUGAUCGAGUCGAGUAACCCUCGCUUCAGGAACCUCACGAACAGCCUUUACACCCCCAUCGUAGCCAUGAAGUACGCAGACGAGACGGGCGGCCUGUCAGUACACACCUUCUACAACCUGCUGUUUAACUUCGGCUCCCUAAUGCACAUCACCAUGAACAUCCUGAAAUGCCUGACCUGCAGCUGCCUGCGCAGACGCACUGUAUCACCUGACUGA